GAGAUAGCAGGAGCGGCAGCCUGCGGAGCCACGCGCAGCGUCACAGAACUGGUGUGGGAGCACCCAGCGCACAGGCCUAUAGCCGCGGUGCUGGCGGAUUCCCGGCGCUGCAGAACGCCGCGCCGCCAGCAGGAGCGCCCGGGGCCGGUGGGAGAACGCCCCGGGGAGCCCGCGCUGCCCGGUGCGAGCCUGAUGACACCUGCUUUGUGUACUCCAGGCAACUGAGGGACCUAGAGAGCUCAGAUGGCUGUCUAAAGGCUGCGGGUGAUAACGGAACCAGAGAAAGCUAGAACAUUUCAUUUCUCCGCGGGACUGAGAUCUUGCUCUUCCAAAUUGCAGGAGUCCAAGUAGAGGUCACCAGGGGCAAGCAAGAAUGGCUGAGGUCUGGGAAGGUGGUCAUCCUUUCUGAGCCCUGGAAAAUCUCCUUGACAUUUUUCACACUUUGAAGCAGCUGCAGCUGGUGUCGUCGGAAAAGGGGGUGGGAGGAAAGAGAGGGGGCGGGGAGAGUGGGGAGUCACAGGCGCGAGCCAGGAGCAGCGCCUCGUCUGCCAAUCCUGGCACCUGUGCGCCAAGCCGCGGCACCGCGGAGGACCCCGCUCUGGGCCAACCCCGGGCUCCGAGCCACGGCCACCCAGCCUCUGGGCCAGCGCGACCUGCAACCGCCCACCCAGGACCCCCGCCGCCACCCGCAGUUGCGGGAGCGGAGGAGCCCGGCCACUGCCUGCUGCGCCCCUGGCCACGGGGUCCCUCGCCUCUUGAGAGGCGUCGCGGCCGUCCGGGGCAGCAACCGAGUUGGGUACACGAUUCGCCCGCGCUGCCGUUCUCUUCUCCACCCAGGAUUUAUUGUCUGUGGAGCCUUCUGGGGGCGGGGAGGGAGCUGCGCCUCCGCCGCCGCCGCCGCCACUGCUGCUGCUACGGUCGCUAGCGCGGCGCUCUGGGCGGGCGGAGGCCGGGGACUGGCCGCAGUGGUGUUCCCGGCGGGCUCCUGGUUCCCCCGGGGCACCUCUCCAUCCCUGCACCUGAAGGGCAGUGGCACCAUGGUCUGACACCGCAUCUGCCCGGAGUCCCCUCUGCCUUUGCUUUCGGAGGACUUCCCUACUGGCUUCACUGCGGACCCCAGAGCACUUUAAGGAGUAACCCUCGGCAGCUGCAAGGCCUUCGCUCCCUGGACCCUCAUGGGUAGUUUCUGCUUCCUGCGAUGAUGGAGAACCUAAUACGGGGAAGGAAUCCCCCACAAUAUCAGAGAAGUCCUUGUAAGGAGGCCCGUGCAGCACUUCGGAAGAGGCCUGAAGAAGAGUUGCAGUGCCUGGAGAUGACCACCAAACGGAAGCUCAUCGGCCGCCUGGUGCCAUGCCGCUGCUUCCGUGGCGAGGAAGAGAUCAUCUCGGUGUUGGAUUACUCCCACUGCAGCCUGCAACAGGUACCCAAGGAGGUCUUCAACUUCGAACGUACACUAGAAGAGCUCUAUCUAGAUGCCAAUCAGAUUGAGGAGCUACCCAAGCAAUUGUUCAACUGUCAAGCUCUAAGGAAACUAAGCAUUCCUGAUAAUGACCUCUCAAGUCUGCCGACCUCCAUUGCUAGCCUAGUUAAUCUGAAAGAACUCGACAUCAGUAAAAACGGUGUACAAGAAUUUCCAGAAAACAUAAAGUGCUGUAAGUGUUUAACCAUUAUUGAAGCCAGUGUCAAUCCCAUUUCUAAACUACCCGAUGGCUUCACGCAGCUUCUUAACCUGACCCAGCUCUACCUGAAUGACGCCUUCCUCGAAUUUCUUCCAGCUAAUUUUGGAAGACUUGUCAAAUUGCGAAUCUUGGAGUUAAGAGAAAAUCACUUGAAAACUCUACCAAAGUCAAUGCACAAGCUGGCCCAGCUGGAAAGACUUGACCUAGGCAAUAAUGAAUUCAGCGAGCUGCCUGAAGUUCUGGAUCAAAUUCAGAAUUUGAGGGAGCUGUGGAUGGAUAACAACGCAUUGCAAGUGCUGCCUGGGUCUAUAGGGAAGUUAAAGAUGUUGGUAUACCUGGAUAUGUCAAAAAACAGGAUAGAAACGGUUGACAUGGAUAUUUCUGGAUGUGAAGCCCUCGAGGACCUCUUACUAUCAUCCAAUAUGUUGCAACAGCUGCCGGACUCUAUAGGAUUGCUGAAAAAGUUAACAACUCUAAAAGUAGAUGACAAUCAGCUUACAAUGCUACCCAACACAAUCGGAAACUUAUCUUUAUUAGAAGAAUUCGACUGCAGUUGCAAUGAGCUGGAGUCCCUCCCUCCCACCAUUGGUUACCUGCACAGCCUGCGAACCUUAGCUGUGGACGAGAAUUUCCUCCCAGAGUUGCCCAGAGAAAUUGGAAGCUGUAAGAACGUCACCGUUAUGUCUCUACGCUCCAAUAAGCUAGAAUUUCUUCCUGAAGAAAUCGGGCAGAUGCAGAGACUUCGAGUCUUAAAUCUAAGUGAUAAUAGGUUGAAGAACUUGCCAUUCUCCUUCACCAAACUCAAAGAGCUUGCAGCAUUGUGGCUUUCUGAUAAUCAGUCCAAGGCCCUCAUCCCUCUGCAAACAGAAGCCCAUCCAGAAACCAAGCAAAGGGUACUGACCAACUACAUGUUUCCCCAGCAGCCCCGUGGUGAUGAAGAUUUCCAGUCAGACAGCGACAGCUUCAACCCCACCCUGUGGGAGGAGCAGAGACAACAGCGCAUGACUGUUGCCUUUGAAUUUGAGGAUAAAAAAGAAGAUGACGAAAGUGCUGGGAAAGUUAAGGCUCUCUCCUGCCAAGCCCCCUGGGACAGGGGCCAGCGUGGGAUUACUCUCCAACCUGCCAGGCUGUCUGGCGAUUGCUGCACACCAUGGGCCAGGUGUGAUCAGCAGAUCCAAGAUAUGCCCGUCCCCCAGAGUGACCCCCAGCUGGCAUGGGGUUGUAUAAGUGGCCUCCAGCAGGAGAGGAGCAUGUGUGCUCCAUUACCAGUGGCAGCCCAAUCCACCACUCUUCCCUCUCUAAGUGGCAGACAGGUUGAAAUAAACCUAAAACGAUAUCCAACUCCUUACCCGGAGGAUUUAAAGAACAUGGUAAAAUCUGUUCAAAAUCUGGUGGGUAAGCCAAGCCAUGGAGUGCGCGUUGAGAACGCAAACCCAACAGCUAACACGGAGCAAACUGUGAAAGAAAAGUUUGAACACAAGUGGCCGGUGGCCCCAAAGGAGAUUACAGUGGAGGAUUCUUUUGUUCAUCCAGCUAAUGAAAUGAGGAUUGGGGAACUUCACCCUUCAUUAGCUGAGACCCCUCUGUACCCACCCAAACUUGUUCUGCUAGGGAAGGACAAAAAAGAAUCAACUGAUGAGUCUGAAGUUGACAAAACUCACUGUCUGAAUAACAGUGUCUCCUCAGGCACCUACUCAGACUACUCGCCCUCCCAGGCUUCCUCAGCAUCCUCCAACACCCGGGUGAAAGUGGGGUCCUUGCAGCCAACAACUAAAGAUGCCGUGCAUAACUCUUUGUGGGGUAACAGGAUUGCACCACCUUUCCCACAGCCUCUAGAUGCAAAGCCAUUACUCACCCAACGGGAGGCUGUCCCUCCAGGGAACCUCCCCCAGCGUCCUGAUCGGCUGCCAAUGAGUGAUGCUUUCCCUGACAACUGGACCGAUGGCUCCCAUUACGAUAACACAGGUUUUGUCUCCGAGGAAGCCACAGGCGAGAAUGCCAACAAUAACCCUCUCUUAAGCUCCAAGGCUAGAAGCGUACCUGCUCAUGGGCGCAGGCCUUUAAUCAGGCAAGAAAGGAUUGUCGGUGUUCCCCUGGAACUGGAGCAGUCCACCCACAGACACACACCAGAAACAGAAGUGCCUCCUUCCAAUCCCUGGCAGAAUUGGACCAGAACCCCCAGUCCAUUUGAGGACAGGACUGCUUUUCCCUCCAAAUUAGAAACAACCCCUACUACCAGUCCCUUGCCUGAAAGAAAAGACCACAUGAAGGAGCCUACAGAGACACCAGGUCCCUUUUCUCCAGGAGUGCCAUGGGAGUACCACGACCCCACCCCCAACCGGAGUCUCGGUAAUGUCUUUUCUCAAAUCCACUGCCGCCCAGAUUCGUCUAAAGGUGUUAUUGCAAUUAGCAAAAGCACGGAGAGGCUUUCCCCGCUCAUGAAAGAUAUAAAGUCCAACAAGUUCAAAAAGUCCCAGAGUAUUGAUGAGAUUGACGUCGGUACCUACAAGGUCUAUAACAUUCCACUGGAAAACUAUGCCUCUGGAAGCGAUCACUUAGGAAGCCACGAGCGGCCAGACAAGUUCUUGGGACCAGAGCACGGCAUGUCCAGUAUGUCCAGGAGCCAGUCGGUACCCAUGCUGGAUGACGAAAUGCUCAUGUACGGAAGUAGUAAAGGCCCACCCCAACAAAAAGCAUCUAUGACUAAGAAGGUCUAUCAGUUUGACCAAAGCUUCAAUCCACAAGGAGCGGUGGAAGUAAAAGCAGAGAAGAGGAUCCCACCCCCUUUUGCACACAAUUCUGAGUAUGUACAACAGCCCGGUAAAAACAUCGCCAAGGAUCUCGUCAGCCCCAGAGCCUAUAGAGGAUACCCACCCAUGGAGCAGAUGUUCUCCUUUUCCCAACCAUCUGUAAAUGAGGAUGCCAUGGUGAAUGCUCAGUUCGCCAGCCAGGGGCCCAGGGCAGGCUUCCUAAGGAGGGCUGACUCCCUGGCCAGCUCCACAGAGAUGGCCAUGUUCAGAAGGGUCAGUGAGCCCCACGAGCUGCCCCCUGGUGACAGGUAUGGCCGAGCAGCCUAUAGGGGAGGGCUGGAAGGCCAGAGCAGCGUUUCAAUGACUGAUCCCCAAUUCCUCAAGAGGAAUGGCAGGUACGAAGAUGAGCACCCUUCAUAUCAAGAAGUGAAAGCGCAGGCGGGAAGUUUUCCUGCUAAAAACCUUACCCAGAGGAGGCCACUGUCUGCCAGGAGCUACAGCACAGAGAGUUACGGGGCCUCCCAAACCAGGCCAGUUUCAGCUAGGCCUACCAUGGCAGCCCUCCUGGAAAAAAUACCAUCUGACUAUAACUUGGGUAACUAUGGUGACAAGACAUCAGAUAACAGUGAUAUAAAGACAAGGCCCACCCCUGUGAAGGGAGAGGAGAGCUGUGGCAAAAUGCCGGCAGACUGGAGACAGCAGCUGCUUAGACAUAUAGAAGCUAGAAGGUUAGACAGGAACGCUGCUUACAAACACAACACAGUUAACCUUGGCAUGCUGCCCUAUGGAGGUAUUUCAGCAAUGCAUGCAGGCAGAAGCAUGACUUUAAACUUGCAGACUAAGUCUAAAUUUGACCUUCAAGACCUACCUCUUCAGAAAACCCCGUCCCAGCAAAGCAACAUUUUAGACAAUGGACAAGAAGAUGUCUCUCCUAGUGGCCAAUGGAAUCCUUACCCACUUGGGAGGCGGGAUGUACCUCCGGACACCAUUACUAAAAAGGCAGGCAGCCACAUUCAGACCCUGAUGGGGUCACAGAGCCUUCAGCACCGCAGCCGGGAGCAGCAGCCAUAUGAAGGGAACAUCAACAAAGUGACCAUUCAGCAGUUCCAGUCGCCACUGCCCAUCCAGAUCCCCUCAUCACAGGCCACCCGGGGACCCCAGCCUGGACGGUGCUUAAUUCAAACGAAAGGGCAGAGGAGUAUGGACGGUUAUCCCGAGCAGUUCUGUGUGAGAAUAGAAAAGAACCCUGGGCUUGGAUUUAGUAUCAGCGGUGGAAUUAGUGGGCAAGGAAAUCCUUUCAAACCUUCCGACAAGGGUAUCUUUGUUACUAGGGUUCAGCCUGAUGGACCAGCAUCCAACCUUCUACAGCCCGGGGAUAAAAUCCUUCAGGCAAAUGGACACAGUUUUGUGCAUAUGGAACACGAAAAAGCUGUUUUACUACUGAAGAGCUUCCAGAACACAGUAGACCUAGUUAUUCAACGUGAGCUCACUGUCUAAAUGUUUUUAUAAAUAGUGAAGAUAUGUCAGGCCAGAGAUAAUGUUUAAAAAUAAAUUUAUACAUAGAAACAAAUUUUGCCAGUUGCUGGACCAAUGGCAAACAUCAGUGCCAGGUGUAUAAUAUUGUACGUUAGCCUUGACCACCCUGGAAAAUGUUACUUAUAAUCACGGCGUUUGCGCGGUUCUGUAUCAGUUCCAGCGGCAGCCUCUGGCUGUGCAUUGGUGCGGUUUUGUUUCUGUUUUUGUUUUUGUUUUUGUUUUUUUAAAAUCAAAUAAGUUGUCUUCUCAAAGUGGAUUUCCUAUCAUUUCGGAGCACGGAAGCACACACAAGCUCUUUACAAGUUAUGCUCUCCAUCAGAGAUACUGCCUCAAAAAAAAUUGUAUAUAAAGAGUUGUAACCCCAUAAAGUAUUUCUAGCACAAGGUAUAUGUUGGCAUAUAAACAAAAAAAGAAUAUAGAAAAACGAUAUUUUCGUAAACAUCUUGGACCGAGAAAGAAAAUAUAUCUUAAAAAUAAGACUUUACUAUAUUGAAUCUUUUUCAAUAAAAAAAUUACAUGAUUACGCCUUAUGGAAGCAACUGUACAUAAAGUAUAAAGGAUUUAUAUUUGGUUCCACAGCCAUUUGCUAAAUUCCCACGGUAGAGUGGAAUGAUUCAUAAUUAUCCAUUAAUCUCUGGGACCUGAGUAAAAACCGGAGAAGGUAAAUCUGUUCAAGGCCUUUAGCUAAUUUAGAGGACACGAGCAGACUUCAGAGACAGACCACAGGCUACUGCGGACUGGCCUCUUCACCAAAUCCACAAGCAGUGAGUGAUGGGUGGCGGGGAAGGCUUAAUGCUUUAAUGUUCUGUUUUCUCGGGGUUAUGUUUACUAUAAACUGUGGCCCCUGUGAUCCCUUUACUGUAAAUGUGGAACUUCUCUGUGUGCCGAUUUAUUUAAUUUGCUACACUUUUAAAUCAUUUUAAAUGAAUUUUGGGAAUUGAUAACGUUUAUUAUAGAGAAAGACUUGUCAGAAAGCUACGGUGGUUUCAAAACUUUGGUAUUGAAAUAUGAAACUUCAGAUAUGAUUUCUCAGAGCUGUGGUCUACUGAUAUCAUUAAUCUUAAUUCCUGUUUUGUUUUGUGGACAGAAAUAGACAAAUUGUUUUUUUUCUCUCCAAAUGAAAAGUUUUAAGGAACAUAAACAUGAAUUCAAUUAUACUAGAGAGUGAAAACAGCCUAGUUAAUGUGCUUUUUGCACUCUGUUUCCCUGUGUCAAAAUUCAAAAUUUGUUUUAUAAUCCUUUAAAGUAUUUCUUUUUAUAUUAGUCAUUAAUUUGAUUAGAAUAUUAAUUUAAAAAUUUCAGAUCAGCUUUCCAUAAUUGGUUGUAUACAUUCCCUGAAAUAUCUACAUCACUUUUUUUAUACAAUAAAUUUAUCUCGUAUGGUAGUGUUUAAAUAUUCUAUAGAAUUUUACAGUAAAAUCACACGUGGAUGUCACCAGAGCUCUGAGGAUAAUAUUUGUAAGUUUGUUUUAUGGGGACAUUGAAAAUAUUGUAUUUUUGUAGGAUCUAUUAAAAUGAGUGUCACUUAUUAGAAGUACAGUGGUUUCUUUUGGCAUAGAAUUUGUCACUUGGAGAAAAAUGUUACUUCAUUUUCCAAACAAUACACUAGCUCUGGUGUUGAUUUUUAUGCCAGGAUGACACAAUACCAUACAUAGUCUUAUAGACCUGGACAAUUAGCUGCUGAUUCUAGAUUGGCCUUUUACACAGAAGCGACUAUUCUGUGCAUUUUAAUAUAUUGAGAGCUUCUAAUGAGAAGUGUCUUUCAAAGCCUAAUUUUCUGGGUCAAAAACUCACAGCACAUUACUAUGGCGGAUGUUCUAGGCUUAGCCUCCGCCAAGAGAAGCAAGCCAAGCUCAGAGCAGUGUGAAAGUUUGAAACACUCAGAAAGCAGCCAUCAGGGCUACACGGCCUUCUACAGGAGAGGUGCAAGGCAGCCAGAUGGAGGGCUCCCUGGAAGAGUUCUUGUGUUAGAGCAUCAAAUGCUCCUGAGGCCUUCAGCUGAAAGGAUAGAUCCCCCUCUUUGAUGGAUAACAUUGCCUGGGACCUUGCUUUGACACUUCUUUCUAUGAGGUCCAGCCAUGGAAAAAUGAAAAAGAGGGCUUCCUGGCCUCUUGAGAACGUGUGGAUAUAGUCAAGGCUACAGGGGUAUUUUCUGUUUUAGAUUAACUCAAUGGAAUCGUUAAUCAGUUGGGGGGGGUGGGGGCUUCUCGUUGAUUUUAAAGGUGACCUGAGCCAGUAAUUUGUUGAUCUAGAGGUACUGACUUUUUUGUUUUUGAAUAACUAAUUUGCUGCCUGAAACUAAAAUCCGGUUCAUGUUAACAUCAAACAUAGAAGUCAAGAGUGUGUGGUAAAAAGGAAAGAAAGAAAAAGAAAAGUCUCCAACAAGACAAAGAAGUUGAACUCCCAAUGUCACCAUGCAAUUUCUACCUCUUGACAGGCCCUCGAUCUUCCUCCUGAGGAAGCUGCUUAUAGAGUUGGAGCGAUAGGGUCAUAUGGAGUAGGUUGGAGACAUUAGAGGUAGGAAGAACAAAUAUUGACAACUGGUAGCCAAACUCUGUGGGGUUUGCAAGAUAAAUAGUCAUAAAGGGGCAACUCUAAAAACAAGUCACAAGGCAAACCAUAUUUUGUCAUUAACACUUUAUUUAGGUGACUCUUGACUGACAGGCAACACAAACCCUUAAAAAUGCAUGUUGUGCUGACUUGAAGUCUGUGAAACUGUGCCUGUCCCUUACAAUUGUCUAGGCUUUGCCUCGGACCGCUGCCUCCAUAGAGAACACCUCUGCGUCAAGGGUGUGAGCUAGCACUGCCUUGUCAGAGAUGAGCGUACGCAAAACAUUGCUGCCACUCUCUCUCUUUAAAAGUGGGAGCGAGCCCCAUGUGUGUGAAGAGAGAGGACAGAGGCUAGGAAACUGAUAGAGGAGUUUGAUUUACAUAUACAAUUAUCAGGAGAAAGGUUUCCAAAUCUUCCAAAAUACUAGAUGGAAAAACCCAAAAAUGCCUAAUUUUAGUCCCCAAACCUGUCUACAGCGCACACCACAGUGUAAACGUUUGGAAAACAGUGUUCUUUUCAGUUCUUCUUUCCACUGGGUCUGAGUUAGCAUCAUCGCUUUCUGCUUCUCCUUGGCGAGAAGAUCGAGUUUAUCUACUCCAGUGAGCUCAUUCUUAGGAAGAAUGUGACCUGACCUGCUUGAAAUUCAUGUUGGUAUCAGACCGACACUUGAACCAUUCAUAACAUACCUGACUGAUCCACAAAAUGGCAACCCACCCACAGAUUCCCUGGAACGCUAGGUCAGCAAAAUGUAGCGAGUCAGGGAAAAUAAUAAAGUUCCCUCAGCUAAGAUGGCUGUUUAGUACAGACACCCGGGUUGAAGAUCCAGGGAAAGCCCUGUGGCAGAAAUGCUUAUCUUUCUACGGCUUAACCAAAUGUUCAAAUGCCAGUCAGUGAUGUAACCAUGUCCAUCUCACGGGUGUAGUUUCUUGACCCAGUUAGGACUUUGGUGAGUUUUCUAGACUUUGAGACUACUUUCACAAACUUUUUUCCUCAGAAAUCCCUUUCAUAAGACACUCUGCCCUGGCUUGGAGCAUUGGCCUGGCAUCCCCUGAAAACAUGCUGUGUAAAUCAAAUAGAAUGUGGGCUGAGGGACACACAUAGGAAAAUGUUACAGGAGACAUGAAUGUUGACUCUCCAGAACAUCUGUAUGGCUCCAUUUCAGUCAACAGGAUUCGGUGAGUUUCCCACCACACAAGACUAAGGCAGAUACAACCGUGUUUCCAAUUCUGUUCUGACGCAUCAGGAGACAUUUCUGCAUCUAGCAUGCAGAGCUGGUCUCCUCUGGGAGCUGUUGUCUUUGUGUAGACUCAUGCCCUACCCACCCAUGCUGUCCAAUGGAGGUUUCCAUCCCACUGAGACAAGCACAUGUAGCCUCCAGAGCUCCAGAGCUGCCAGAAGACCCAGAAUGUCAGCUGAGGACUUCUGCCUCAGCCUGAGAGCAAUUCUCCUAGGGAAGAGUCAGGGCUUACCACGUUGCUGACAGCAGCAAACAGCUCAUGCACAAAGAUGUGUGAGGGUGGCGGUGCCUUAACGAAGCCACCUUUCCACUUCUGUGCUGAUUUUUCACUGUUGCCUCUCCAUUCUCAGUGUUAGGUUUUUGCCAUACUGGGGGACUUUCUCUGAGCUGCUUUUAUGCAUAUUGGGGUACCUAGUAGUCUCCAACCUUUAACACUGUGAGAAAAUGAUCUAGAAACACUCUCCUGUGAGGAUAGAAAUGCCUGCCUUCCACCCUAAAGAAUUCAAGAGUUUUGAAAUAAUGAAAGGGAAAGAUCGCUUCCCAGAUUUUACUUUAAAACCAACAGUGAAAAUAAAGGAAUGUGGGUCCUCUUGCUUUCUCACUAUGUGAUUGUCUUGAUUUUCCUAGGAGCCAUUUUUUGGGGGGAGGGGGAAAUAAGGAGAUAUAGUUUCAACUUUAGUGGCAUCUUGACUCCCUGGGUUCUGAAGGUGAUUCUGUGACAUCAGCCUAGGUAGGGAGAAAAUGUUUUAAAAUGGUAGGCCUGGACCCAACAUGUGCAAGCAGCCAGGAGAUCUGGGGUAUAGUCCUUCCUUCCAAAAUUUCAAAACAGCCUUAUUUGGCUCAACUUUGCUCAUGGUAACACCAUAACAAAUUAAAUAUUGGGAAAUUUCAGGCCCCAUUUAUGUAGAAAAGGCUAAAAUCCUGUGUAGAACUGGCCAAAGCAGAAGUGGUAGGCCAGUCCCCAGCACAUGAAUUUCCAAAUCUAGCAUGAUUUCCCCUUCUUUGUUUUAUCAUUUAAGCUAGUACCAUUUCUGUAUAUGAAUGGGUAUGAAAAAGGGUUUAAAAGAAUCAUUCAAAUUUCCCUCCCUUUCUCUCAUUUUGAACAAGUGUAGUUUGUAGGGUUGACUCCUCCCUCCUUUUAAAAAUAAAACAAUGAGCAUACAGUUGAACGGACAGACAUCUCUCCCCUCAAGAAAACUGUCUCACAUAGUAUUGUUUUGAAUAGCAAACAUAGACUUUCUUCACAAUAGGGCAGCUGAUCUUAGUAUCGUAAGGUAUGUUAUACAGUCAAGGCAUUGAAAGACAUGAUUUUGUAGACUGCCACAAAAACAAAAUAUAGUAAUUAUAAAUUUUAUGACAAUAAUCUGCUAGACACCCCCAUGCAGAGGGCCUGUCAGGGACAUAGCACAGUCUCUCCCCUGCACAGAACAUCAUAACUGAGUGGAAAGAGAAGUUGCAACAAAACGAGGCAGUAUGGUGAGUCCUCUGUCUCUGCCCUUACCCCAUCCCAUGACUGAUGGCGUCAACUCUGUCUGGGUUGGAACAGCACUUUCACUUGGAGCUCUGUAUAUAUGUCUUCCUACCAGGUCCUAGGGCCACUGGGAGGCCAUUUCAAUCAUUUGUAGAGACAUAAAGAGACUUUUGACAGACUGAUCAUGGUUGAUCAUGGUUGACAAGGAAAAAAGAACCCAAAAUCUCUUGGAUUUUGGAGGAAGAGGACAUGAGGACAGUUGUCCCUCAGUCUGGCCUAGUGUUCAGCUCCAUGCUCUGGCAUUAGUAGAUGAUAACAUCUUAACAGACACAGGGGAAAGUUCUUCCUGUAUCCACUGCCUCUGGAAAACACUUUCAGUGUCCAGUGUCAGAAUUAGCCACUCAGAAAGGCAGUAAACAUCCCAGUGUAGGGGUGUACAUCUUUAUCCCAGCAUUCAGGAGGCAAGAGCAGGUGACUCUGAACUCAAGACCAACCUGAUAUACAUAGUAAGUUCCGGGACGUCCAGGAUCAUGUAGUGAGACCCUGUCUCUUAUUAACUAAUCAAUCAAUCAAUCAAUCAAAAAAGAAAGGCAGUGAACAGGGAACAAUAAUUUCGCCUGUGUAUUCCCCUGUGCAUUUAAGAACAUUGUCACAGACUGCUGUAUGCCAUUGGAUUGCACAUGUCCACAAACCAAACUGCUUUUCCUCCAGGAGAGGCCUCUGAUUAUAGAACCAGCUUGUAUCUUUUCUUUGCCCUACCCAGAUCGGGUUUUCUUUCACUUCUGUGUGUCCCAGUGCUUCAGUGCCUCCGGACACACUGGCAUACCCGUUCUGCUAGCAAGUUUCCUCUCCCAGACUCCUAAUCAUGCUUGGCCUUUGGGGCCCUGUCUCCUUGGAACAGUGACCAUGAGGCCUUCCUGUCACUCUGCCUGAGUCCCUGGCUGCUUGGUCUGUAUUAUUUCUCUCCCAUCAAGUACACAAGUACAAGGUAGAGAAAGAGAGAGAGAGAGAGAGAGAGAGAGAGAGAGAGAGAGAGAGAGAGAGAGAGACUGAGAGACCGAGCUUAAAAGACAGAGAGACAGAGAGAACCAGGAAGUACUUAGUACUUACAAGACAGCAACGCCGGGAAAGCACACCAAUCCCUCAGCCUGUCUUAGUGCCACAAGCAGAGUAAGUGGCAUACUUAACAAAUAUUGACUUCAAUGGGUGACUGAUGCUUAAUCUUAUGUCCUUAAAUGGUGAACCUUAGAUUCACUCUUCUCACUUUUGCUGAGAGUGGGGGCAUCCCCUAAGCUGACUUUCCCCCUCUCCUUGCCAUUUCUUCUCAGAGAUCUUCAGAACCUUUGUGCUGUUCAGAAGCGAAGUUUCAUUUCCUUUUUACGUGUUUGGACCAGCACCACCCAAAACCUUUAACAACCAAACAGUUCUUUGGUUUGAAAACAUUUUAUUUAUAGCCUUUUAAUUAGUUCAGAGUUUUCUUCUGGGGAAAAGCAUUAGUUUUGCUGUUAGAAAUAUCCAAGAGACAUGAAGGAUGGUGUGGAACUCACAAAGCUGUAGUUUUAAGCAUCUUAGAGACCACGAAGCCCAGGACCCCAUCAUGGCUAUAGUCAAGCUCCAGGAAGGUGACUAUGGAAGACUGUAUGUGGUCAAGGCUGACCCUGUACCCAUUUAAUAUAAAGAUCCAUUUGCUGGUGUAUAUAAGGAAGGAAGUUGUUGGUUUAAUUUGUUUUUACCAUAUGGAGGUGGGGAGAAAAGACAGGACGUUGUAAAAGAAAAGAACAGGAGAAAUGCAGAGGAGAAAUGAGGUUCCCAUCUUCUACAAUGUAUCAUCUGAAUUCCCCAGAGAAGAGGCCUGUCUUACCUUUGUGUCACCACCAUCCACCUAUAAAACUGAGGAAGCGCCAAAUUAUUGUUGCUUUUCCAUCAAAAUUUUCCAUUGGGUUUCUGUUUUCAAGUCUGACAUACAUGCUAUCCUUGCAAUCAUUUGAACGUGCCCACAAAACUUUUUUUUUUUUUUAAGGAGCAUGUAGUUACAAAGAGUGCCCACUAGGUGGAGAGCGUCUUCCUAGAUUUGAUGAAAGAGUCUAGACAAAAAUCUUCCAGGCUGCUUCUUGUAUCUGAUGGAGUUGUUAGUAAUAGCUCUUUCCAUGCUCUUUAUUAAAGAUUAUAAUUGUGCUCUAAGCUUAAAUGAUGCCAGUGGAUUCUGUAUCUUUCGGUACUAAAAUGCUCAGGUUAAGUCAACUUUCCAGAGUGCAUAUCUCUCUCUCUCUCUCUCUCUCUUUCUCUCUCUCUCUCUCUCUCUCUCUUUCUCUCUCUCUCUCUCUCUUUCUCUCUCUCUGCCUUGGAUCAGUGUGUGCUGUGAUUCCAAGUUGUUCAGCAAGCACAUUCUCCAGUUCCAUACUCUCUAUCUACAUUUCUUGAGUCUUCCAAAUACUUUGUGCCGAGCUCCCUUAUUUUAUCCACAAUCCCCUUAAGUUGACAUGGCAAUAGCUUUGCUUUAAAUUGUCACCAUUUACUUCAUAAAUUAUCUCUCCAAAAGUUAAGCAUCAGGAAUCAAGCUUGCCUGAAUGACUUCUCUUAUGAAAUGCUAAUCAAAGUCCUGCUUGAAUAUCCAUUUCCGGCUGACAUCUGGUGGUAAUUUCUCUGUAAACUCACUUUUCACUUUGUUCAUGCGCACAAAUAAUUAGCCUGUCAUAAAUGGAGUUUAUUGCAUAGAGAAUGCUUUUUUUUAAAAAAGCAUCUCAUAAAGUGAGAAUUGGGUUCUAAGAGAGGACUACAGUAAAUCCAUCCCCAGUCUCUUUCAAUCAGAAGAUCCAGAAUUGCAAGCACAGACUCUUGGCUGCCCUUGUGGUAUACUGUGAUUCUGAGAUACUUAGAAUUUCAGGGUCUCUUAUGGCUGGGUUCUGGUGAAGGGAGCCACAUGUAAGCUGAGGGUGUCUUCACCAUUAACUCUGCCUCUGCUUCUCCCUUGCUGAUCCCAUCAGAACCAUCCAUCCCCAGUGGAGCUUCAGACCCCCCUCAGACAACAUUUAAUCUUGUCCUCUUAGAGCAAAAGUAAACAGAUGACAGGGUGUUUUUCCAUGAAGCUUACUAGACCUUUAAAUCUGGUGUUUUUCUCCAAAGGAAGCUGCUUUCUUCUGGCCACCAGGUCACCAGCUCCGGUAGUGAGCUCAGAUUCUAGUCAGCCUCUUUAGGGGCCUAGGACUAAUCACUGUGACCUCAAUCAAGCCUGCUGGUUUUAUGAUACCAGGAAGGCUCACCAGGAGAACUUCUGCUCCUUUUGGGAGGCUAAGCAUCCCCCAGGCAGCUUGGACUUGAGCAGUUUUACUUGCCAGCAAGCACAACAGUGCCGACCACUGGUCUCUUCUUUUGGAAAGCAUUUGCCUUUUUAACUUGUUUCCUUCUCUAUUUCAUCAUUAUCCUCCUUUCAGACUUUCAUGAACUCCUAAAACAUUUGGUUGUAGAACUAAACAAGAGAAUGAGAACUGGGAAGAACCUUGGAACAAUGCGGAAAGGCUGUCCGGAUGCUCUCCUGUGCUCCUCAGUACUGCCGAAUCUUCCUUGGGGCUCUGGCACUGUACUGCGACUCAAAUUUUGGUACAAACUGUUGAAGUGCUUUUUCCUUGUUUUGUUUUGUUUUUUUUUUAUUGAUCUACAUAGUAAUCUAGUGUUCUAUUCCUGGAACACCACGCUCUUUGAGAUUAAGGCUCAUUACUUUUGCUUUCUAGCCUGCCAGCUCUAGUUUGAAUAGAUGUAGUUCAGGGACUGUUGUUCCUAGGCAUUCCACCUAGGAGCGUGCCUGUGGAGCGUGCAGAUGCCCCACCCCUGAGCUAUACCCCAACCCAUAUGGAAGUGCUGAAGGGGCUGUCUCCAGAGUGCUAGCCUGUGGUAGUAAUACUAUUUUUUAAAACCAUCAAUGAUUUUUUAAAAAUCCUUUCUUCUUCUGGUUGUCCUUGCAAUUAAAUCAAAUAAAAAGAGGCAUAUGCUCAAAGUUUUACUGUGGGAACAGCUAAAUAUACAAAUAAACAUCCUUUUCUGCUGUGCCGUAUGAAGGACUCAGAUCUGUGUUUUUAGCUGUUCAGAAUGUUAGAGUUACCUAUGUUGGUUAGUGGAGUUGGUUUUCAGUGUGGAAAGAGAAGACUGUAAGAAAAACUGGCAGUAACUUACAGGGCCUCUGUCACCUUCCCUAACCCUGUCCCAGUCUGCCACAUUCUGUGAUAGAUGAGUGAUCAGCAAAGCUUAGUUUAUUGGUGCUUGUUAAAGCAGGAUUCCAUAUGGGGGGAAAUCAUCAGGCAGCUGGCAGGUUCCAGCUUCUCCCAAACUGUAUGUAACCUGUUCCCAGACAAUCGUCUUGACCAGUGUUCCUCAUAUUUUAAACAAGCUGUUAAACACAUUUACACAGCCUUUCUGUUGGAACAUUCAACUUGGCAAUAAGUGUUUUGCGCUUGAUAGGUUCUCAAAGAUUCCUUCUGCCCAAGAGAGACUCCGGCAAGCACCACUUGAGGGGUGCUUUAUACAGUUGUAGAUGCCGUUGCCCAAACUGCACAUCUCUGUGCCUGCCUCCCAACACAAGUCAGAUAUGGGAACCAACUCCCCACCAACUACACACACACACACACACACACACACACACACACACACACACACACCUCUGUCCUUUUCAGUAUUAGUACUCCAUUUUUUUUUUCAUUUCCACACAUCUCUAUAAAAAUCUGGGAUCUAUAACCCCAGGUCAUCAUACAUAGCUUGAAAAUAAAAGAGAAUGACUUCUGCUUUCUUAAUAAAUAUCAUUUUAAUAAAUACCCCAACAUGUUAACCUAUACCAAUGAAUAGACUUUAUUUAUUUAUUUAUUUAUUUAUUUAUUUAUUUAUUUAUUUAUUUAUUGUGCUUCCAGACCUACAGUUUGAAUAGAUAUAGUUCAGGAACUGUUGGUCCUAGGCAUUCCACCUAGGAGUUUAUGCCUGUGGAGCAUGCAGAUGCCCCACCCCUGAGCUAUACCCCAACCCAUACAAAAGGGACUGUCUCCAGAGUUCUAGCCUGUGGUAUUAAUACAUUUUUUUAAAAAAAAUUAAACCAUCAAUGAUUUUUCAAUCAUUUCUUUUUUUCUGGUUGUCCUUGCAAUUAAAUCAAAUGAAAAAGAGGGAUAUGCUCAAAGUUUCCCUGUGGGAACAGCUAAAUAUACAAGUCCCAACGUUUCCCAUUAAGAAACAGUCAACUGGGGAGACAGAUGCUCAACUCUAGCAAACCGUUGUCUUCGAAAACUGUGAGUGAGCGCAGAGCCCACGUCCUCACGGUCCCUCUCACUCUUACACAGCAGCAAAGAAUUCCUUUCAGCUUUACUGAUUUGUACUAUGGAAGUAGGACAAUCUAGAAGACUAGCUCUUGCUUCUCCCUUGUGUUCAUUGUCCAGAAAGGACAAGUUUCUGGAGACAGAGGAGGCAGUAUUGUCCAGGAUGAGUCAUUAGGCCUGGAUUGCUAUUCCUUUUCAUUCAGUGCUUGAGGGAAGCUUCCCUUGAGGAUCAAAGGCAGGGAGAAUGUAGGAAUAGGGCUUCUCAAGGCCGGAAAGCCAAGGCCUACUGCUCCAACUAUGUCCUUGAGGUACCGUGUUUGAACAGAAAAUAAGACCCUGAGAGGCCAACAAGAAGUGCAAUUUAAACUGCACCUAAGAUAAUAAAAUUGGCUGAAAAAAUAAAAAACAGAUUUCGCAGAACUAGCUUUCCUGUAAAUGCCUCGUGGACAGCUCAUAAGCAGCUGAAGUUAUUAGUGUUUGGUCCUAGAGGACUCUUCUCUAAGGGUGGUCCAGCAGUGACCCUUUCAGCUGUCUUAUCCACAUUAUCGAUAACUCCCCAAGUUCCCACACAAAGUCUCUCCUGCCAUUGUGUUACAUGGCAAGAAGAACAGGGCUUUUUGGUUUUUUGUUUGUUUGUUUUACUUCCUUGAGUAGUCCAGGGUUGGGGCAGCAGUAGUAACUUAGGAUGCAUUCAGAUGUGAUCACACAGCUACCCUUGAUGGUGAAGAGCUAGAGUGACUUAGUGUAUCUGUGUAUUAAGUUAGGAAAUGUUUAGCAGAAACAUAGCUGCAUUUGAAAACGAGAUUGUGCACUUGGGGGCAGAAGCAGGUGGAUAUUGGAGUUCAAGGCCAACAUGGUCUACAGAAUGAGUCCCAGGAUAGCCGGGGCUAACAGAGAAACCCUGUCUCAAAAACUCCAAGAAAAUAAAAAAUUAAUGAGAUUGAGUUUUGAAAAUACUUAAAGUAUUUCCUGACCUCCAGGUACUACUUUAAGCAUUCUAGAUAUCUAGGUUGGGAGGCACUGAAACACACCCCACAGCUGUAUUGGCCAGUAACGGAAAGUCUACUUGUUGUAGAAAGUUGAUAGUUCCUGCUCCAUGGACACUGUCAUCUCUUAAACCAGACUUUAGAAUCACCCAAACAUUUGGGGAAGUGAAAAACAAUAUACUUUGUUAAACAGACUGUUCUUUUUUAUUUUUAAUGGUGUACUGAUACAUGACAAAUGAUAAAAGCAACUCCAAGUUGUGUCAGCCACACUAAGGCAUCUGACAUCACAGAGAAUCUCUUAAACAGCCACCAAAGAAAUGGAGAGAAGAAAUUAAAUGUUUGAAAAAAAAAUAGAGAAGAGCCUUGGGAAAUGGCUCAGUAUGUAAGGGGUUGACUGCACAACUAUGAGGGCUUACGUCAGGACCCUCAGAAAACAUAUAAAUCUGGGCAGGCAUGACAGCCUCCUAUCAUUCCUUGUCUCAGAAAGCAAAGACAAGUGACAGCGCGCGCGCACACACACACACACAGACACACACACACACACCACACAACAGUGCUAGCUGGAUUAGCUCUGACUUCAAAUGGAAGGCCCUGCUCUCCUAAAUAUAAGGUGGAAAGAGAUUGGGGAAAAUAUUUGACAAUAACUUUAGGCCUCCCCACAGAUACAUGCACACAUGUGAUAAAACCAAAGACACACAUGCAGAAGAAAGUGGACUAGAAUCUUAGUUCUUAGCACCUUACAGGAGUUCUCAUGGUUUGGAACAUUCGUCUGUGGGAUGGAUGUGGUAAAAUUCCUAUACACAGUAGAUGGGUGGCCUCUCAGAGGGGCUCAGGUUUACCCCAAAGAAUGAUCAGUAACAGCAGCGCUCCAUGGGGCUGUCAGGAUUAGUCCCUCAUUGGAUUAUUUAAUCCUGACCUUCAUUGGUGGUAGGAAUAGAAAGACAUUUAGUCUCCAUACACCAGAUUUUGUGCUCCAACCUGUUUAUCAUCCUGAGUGGCCAGGUCCCUCACAGAUUCCAGAAGUCUCUGAAGAACUCUGAACAUUGUCAAAGGCUUUAGUAAGGAGCUCUAACGGAAGGUUAGAGGAACAGCUAGAGGAAGGUUAGAGGAAGGUCAGGAAGUCACAGCUAAAUCAAGGCUUCUAGAGAAAUGUUUCGCAGGGUGCUGCUUCAGUCAGAUUAUUUUCUGUUAGACACUGAAGAUCACUUCCUGACCAUAGCUUAGCUCCAACUGUCCAUACUGCUCAGACUCCAUGCCUGGUGAAUGUAAUGGUCGGUUUUGUAAUGUGUAUUUGAAAGGUCACUCACUAGGUGAGGGCAAAUGAAAGCCGUCGCUAUGAUUUGGAAAUCAGCUCUCAGAAGCGGCUGAGUGACCUCCCUUGGACCUUCUGCAUGUGUCAUGGUGCAUUUUAGGAUCUGUCGUAGCCAAGGCUUGUGAAAGUAGCUUUUGGGAAGGAAAAGUAGCUUUUUGGGGAAGCUAGGAGGACAAGGGGAGUGGCUCACAGGAGCACAAAUGCAGACUCACAACCCAUAUCAGGGUUGAAAUUGCUAGGUCCUCACUGCCAACUUCCCAGCAGGCUGGCUUGAAGAUGACAACAGCUCAGGGAGCCUUUGAGCAAGGGAAGAGAAAUAAAUUCUUAUUUCCCUGAAAACUAAAUUCUCAGGUGGUUGCCUGACAGGGGAAAGGGAGGAUUUUUAAAUCAUGGCUUUUGUUGAUGUUCUCUGGCUUUUUCUUGGGAGGCUGCUUCAAGCAAUAAAGUGAGGUAUGCAGUAAUCCUGUCAGGUGGUACGCCAGGCUGUAAGUCUUCUGCAGGCUGCCUGCUUACCCACACAAUUCACAUAGGGGCUGAAAACCUUAACUUAUCAGGGAAGGAACUAAGUUUUACAGAGUUCCUUUAACCAAAUAGGCUUGCUGCUUUCUUCCUGCAUCUGCCAAGUCAUUCUGGCCAUUUUCAUUGAUCUCACCAGAUGAGUAACAUUUUAAAUCCCAAAGGCUUAAAUGGCAAUGUAGAAAUAACUCCUUAUCAUUUUUUUCCAAUUUAAUUCUUCACUCUUUGUCAUAUUUUCAUUUUCGUGCAUUAGUUCCCAUGACAACAGGUCUGUUGGCAGAGAAAGUGUAACUCUUAGCGUUGAUCACAAUAUAAAUUCCUUUCCAGGCAAGUGCCACCUGAACAUGCAAAGACUGGAGUUCUCUUGCUAAUGACAUCUUCUUACCUCUUAUAUUGAUUUCCUAUCCCAUCCCCCAGCAAAGCUCUUACAGAAAAAAAAAAAAAAAAAAAAAAAAAAAAAGCAAACAAAAACAAAAACAUGCAGAGGCCUUCCAGGCAGCUACAGCUUCAAGGAUUUAACCUUUGGGUUCUCAUGGCUUCCCCAUUCCAAGUGUCAAAAAUGUGAAUGUGUCUAUCAGGGAUGUACAGAAGACAACUUUCAAUCUCUAUCAAAACCACCCGGUGUGUCUGAGGAAAUCGACAUGCCCUGAAACGAGCCUCACAUCAGUGUCUGAUGGCGAGAGGAGAGGAGAGGCACUUAAGCAGUUUUCCUCCCAGUAAGUCAAUGGCAAAAAGGCCAAGCAAGCUCUAAGCUCUUGAAAAGGAGCAGACUCCGGUGGAAAGCAGGCGACAUGCUCCCUGUAUGGGGGAGGGGGCUGCUUCGGUUCAGACAAUUUGUGACCAAGUGUGUAAGAGCAAGCGAUUGCAUCAAGCUUGGCCAUGUGUGCAUACGAUCCCAGCAAUGGAGGUCAAAGGCAGGAGGAUUACAAGUUUGAGGCCAGUGUGGGCUACAUAGGAAGGACUAGCACGUAAAAGGCCCACUGAAGCUAAAGAAAUGGAAUGUAGAGAUAAAGGUAAGAGGAAUAGGCAGAAAGCCCAACCCCAAGAUUAAACGUUUGUUUUAAGCUUUAGGCUCCAUCAUGGCUUGACAUUGGCAGUCCCAACCACUGCUUCAGUAUCCAGAAGCAACAGGUCUACCGUCAGAAGGACUUACCCAGAUAUGUGUAGAUUUUUUUUU